AUGCCAAUCAAAAUGAAGGCAGGUGUCUUAGGAGCCACAGGUUCUGUUGGCCAAAGAUUUAUAUUACUUCUCUCAGAAAAUGAGCAGUUUGAUGCAGCUGUGUUAGGAGCAUCAUCAAGAUCUGCCGGAAAAAAAUACCAGGAUGCUGUUGUUUGGAAACAGACAUCGUUGUUACCUGGGGAAUCCAAAGAUUUGAUUGUGCAAGAAUGUAAACCCGAGUUUUUCAUCGGUUGUAAUGUGAUUUUCUCUGGUUUAGAUGCUGAGUAUGCAGGACCGAUUGAGAAAUCGUUUGUGGAUGCUGGCUUUGCCGUUGUUUCCAAUGCUAAGAAUUACCGAAGAGUUCCUUCGGUGCCUUUAGUUGUUCCUACUGUGAACUCUGAACAUUUGGAGGUGGUAGUGAAUCGUGUCAAACAGGCGAGAAGUCAGGGAUUGUCUAAACCAGGCUUUGAAGUUUGUAUUUCCAACUGUUCCACGGCCGGUUUGGUGGUUCCCUUGAAGCCAUUACAGGACAAGUUUGGACCAAUCAGAUUUGUGGCUGUUACCACAAUGCAGGCUAUUUCAGGUGCCGGAUUCUCGCCAGGAACUCCUGGCAUUGAUAUUCUCGAUAACGUUGUUCCUUACAUCUCUGGAGAGGAAGAUAAAAUGGAGUGGGAAGCUAAGAAGAUUCUUUGUUCGGUCAAUGGUACCGGUGAUGGAUUUGAUUUACUUUCGGAUGAUCAAUUAACGGUUUCUGCCCAGUGUAAUAGAGUGGCAGUCAGUGAUGGCCAUACCGAAUGCGUUUCGUGGAAGUUUACAAACAGAGAUAAGGUUCCUAGUUUAGAAGAGGUUAAACAGUGCUUAAAAGAUUAUAGCUGUGAAGCCACUGAACUGGGCUGCCCUUCUGCUCCAAAGCAUGCCAUCUAUGUGUUGGAUGAGCCAGAUAGACCUCAGCCAAGAUUGGAUCGUAACAGAGAUAGAGGAUAUGCUGUGAGUGUUGGAAGAUUAAGAGAAGACCCUAUUUUUGACUUUAAGAUGACGGUUUUGUCUCAUAAUACUAUCAUUGGAGCAGCUGGUUCGGGUAUUUUGAUAGCUGAAUUGUUGGCCAAGAAGGGGGUAUUGUAA